GUACUGAAUCCACUAUGCAAUGGGGCGCCGAGUGUACCAUUAUGGGAUGGCAAACACUGAACAUUGUUGCGUACGUGAUGACGUCCUUCAGUGUGGCGUUGCGAACAAUUGAGAGAAAAUGUAUUUAAAUCUUACGUAGGAGCUAUCGAGAGACACACACCAUUUCUGGGAAUUGAUAUAUUUUGGCUGAGAAUUGAUUUAUAUAUUUAUAUAUCCAUCGGUACUUCAAAUUACUGACGCAGAAUGGCUUCCAAGCCAGGUGUAUAUAUUUUCUUCAUGGGAAUAGCAUGUCUGAUGAUGAUACAAGUAGGAGCAAUGAUAUCGCAGUCGUCUGUUGUUUUGGAAAACGGGGGAUAUAACAAUAUUGUGCUAGCUAUUGAUGAAAGUCUAGAAGAGAAUGAUGAUUUGAUAUCGGCAAUAAAGAAAAUGUUCGUCGAUGGAUCACGUUUUAUAUACCAGGCCUCCCGAAAACGAGUUUACUUCAAAGGUGUCACUAUCCUAAUCCCAUCCCUCUGGUCAACAAAAUCAGAGUAUCAAUCACCAGGACGAUUGACCUUUGACAUGGCUGACAUCCGCGUGGCACGGCCAAAUCCUCUGUGGGCGCCAAAUCCUUACACCCAUCAGGUCCAGGGAUGCGGAAAGCCCGGAAGUUACAUUCAUUUUAUAGAGGAAUUCAUGACGAGCCCUAAAACCAAAGACUCAUAUGGACCCUUAGGAAGAGUGCUGGUACAUGAAUGGGGACAUCUCAGAUGGGGACUGUUCAAUGAAUACCCGGAUGCAGUGGGUGACCAAAAGGACAUAAGUCAUUUCUACCAGUCAAUGAAAGAUGGACAAUACAAGCCUGUAACUUGUAGCCAGGAAAUUGAGAUUAGGGCACUGAUCAGAUCAGAUGAGGAUGGUUCUGAAUAUCGAAGAUGUCAGGGAAACGAAUACAGUGGGUACGAAGAAGGGUGUAUGGCAAUACCAAAAGAUCCUGGAUCUGCCACUGGAUCUAUUAUGUAUGGAAUGCUAAAGUUUCAAGAGAUAAGCAACUUCUGCGACAAAGAUGAGAGCGAUCCUGGUAACCUUCACAACAGAGAAGCACCCAACAAACACAAUCGUCUCUGUGAAUCAAGGAGUGCAUGGGAAGUUAUGAGGGAGCAUGAAGACUUUAAAGACAACAACUCGCCGCCUCGGGAAUUGAGUGAUGCUGACAUCAUGCCAUCGUUUACACUGGCACAAGCUCGAAGUAGUGAUGAUUGUCGUAUCGUCUUAGUCAUUGAUACAUCGGGGAGCAUGAGUACGAAUGACCGAAUCACGAAAGCGAUGAGUGCAUCCACUGCUUUUAUUGAUUUAGUCAGUGAAGGAACAUGGGUUGGUAUCGUUGGUUUUAUCGAUACCGCUGAUAUUAUACAUCGAUUGGUACAGGUCUCUUCGCCGGCCGAAAGAUCUUCGUUACGUGACAGCUUGAAUCUUGUCGCCACUGGCGGGACAUGUAUCGGAUGUGGCUUAGAGACUGGACUACAGGUGUUGCGAGCACAUCCGUCAGGAGACCUAGCUGGAGCAGACAUUUUAUUGAUGACUGACGGAGAAGACAGCAAUUUUGCUACCCAUACUAUAAGACCGAUUUUACUGGCGGAAGGGGUGAGAGUCAACACAGUGGCAAUUGGAGAUGACGCUUACGGUGAACUAAACACAGUUUCUCUGGAAACAGGAGGAAGACCUUUUUCCUAUGGUGAUAAUGAUGGCACUGCUAGUCUGACCACUUCUCUCAGUCAAACUGCUCAGAACUGUUUGGGAGAUCGUUCCAAAGAACGCGUACAGCUUUCCGCCAUAGGUGCUACUCUUGGGGAAAGAGAAGUGAAAUCAGGACACAUCUAUAUUGAUCCCUCGAUAGGCUCCAGGACCCAGUUCAUCGUAACUUACACUGAAGGCUCAGAUGUCACACCAGGAGUUACACUUAUCAUCACCCAGCCAAGUGGCAAGACUACAUCGCCUGGUAGUUCUGAAUAUAAUGACAACGUCCAGCGAAAGGUCAUCAACGUUGUAAUUGACGGUAAAGCAGAGACUGGCAAAUGGUUUUAUCAAAUUGAAAACGUGUACACUGGCCCUCAGUCUGUGACAUUUUCCGUCUUCUCCACACCUAAUCUCGAAGAUGUAGAAGAAGGGAACGUUAUCAAUGUGAAGUCCUACACCAGCACCUCGAUCUUAAACCAAUCUGAUAACUUAAAACCACUAAUCACUUAUGCUGAGGUCACUCAAGGGUCCAUGCCGGUUAUAAAUGCAACCGUCAAAGCAAGCGUGGAACGCCCGGGAGGUGAUAUUAUGACAUAUGAACUUCUAGACAAUGGUGCAGGUGCCGAUAUCACUGCAAAUGAUGGUGUGUACAGCCGAUCAUUUCUUGAUUACACUGGGGAAGGUUACUAUGGUAUUGGCAUCACAGCAGAGAACGAUGGCAGUGCUGUUAUCUUGACGGGUUCAGUAGGGUCUUCAGCCACGCCCUUUAUCAACAUCACAGACGAUGGAAAGGUGGUCUCUGAUGCAACUAUAGGUAACUACACCAUGCGACUUCCUGGAGACCAAAUAUUCGAUAACUUGGUGUUGGAGAAAGCGGCGCCCUUUACCAGAAGCUCGUCAGCCGGUUCGACCAAUGUCCCAACUCUUCCACAGAAUUUUACACCGGGCCAAGAUCAGUUCCCACCAAACCGAGUCCAUGAUCUUCGGGUUAAACUGACAUCUGUUAAUGAUUCGUCCGUGGUUCUUACUUGGACUGCACCGGGGGAUGAUUUAGAUACGGGAACUGCUAUUUCUUAUGACAUCAGAGUAUCGCAUUCUUCAGCGUUGAUUUCGACCAAUUUUUCCGAUGCUACCCGAGUGGAAUUCCACCAGAUUCUUCGAGGGAACAUGUCAAGCCCCAAAACAUUUGGAUCGGUAGAAGAAUACGAGAUCAGGGUUGAGGACGUCCCAGGUGUCACAUCAUUCUCGUAUGCAUUUGCUCUCCGAGCCUCUGAUGACGCGGGUCUGACUAGUUCAGUUUCUAAUGUCGUGAUGGCAACAUUCAGGAGGGUGAUUCCUACAGCGCCUGCCCCAACCGUUGGUCCAUGUAAUGGCAUGCUAUGUCAUAAUGGAGGCACUGUAGAUCAGAGUAGUUGCUCUUGUGUUUGCUCAGAACUGUCUCAGGGGGAGAACUGUCAAUAUGUGAAGUCACAACUCAGAAAUGGAGUCCAGAUCGAUCUUCGUGGGAACACUGCUCAGUGGACGGACAUUGUGGCUCCUCUACUCGAAUCAGUGACACAACAGCUCAACAUCUUCUGCAACAGCAAUUUCGCCGUCUGCUGCCAAGGCAGGGCAAAUAUUUCCAGUGAAACUACGAGGAUCGUGUUUGUGACGGGAAAUGAUGUCAAGCUUGCUGACGGAUAUCCGGUUAUCAAAGGACCGGCAGAUGAUGGAGAAUUAUGCUCUUUUGUUGUUUAUGCUCUGAAAGCGGCUGGCCAAGAUAUUUGUUCUGACGCUUCGGGAACACUGUCAAAAUGGAAAAGAGAAGUCAGAUUAAAUAUCAAGAGACGAUCCGUCGAGCCUACGUUCGUCUCUCAAGAUCUGCUAUUUGAAGCCAUUUUGAGUGGCCGUCUAGCCAUAUCUACCCACCUUGCAAACGCCUCAUCAGAGGAUAUCUCUAUUGGUAAUAUUACCCUGCCUGUCGUAGAGGGUGAUACUGUUCCAAUAGAGAACAAACCACCGAGAUCAGGACUUUCCGCAGCAGUUAUUGCCACUAUCUGCAUUUUGAUCAUCUUGAUUACCAUUUUUCUUCUGGGAAUCGCUUAUUACUACAAAUGGCUCAGGUUGAGGAAGGACCCUUCUUACCACGUUGCAAGGAAAUCUGAUCUCGAAGAAGGUCAAGAAUAGGUGCAAUAUCCCAGUAAAAACUGGGAAUCUUGAACAAUUCAAGGAGGUCCGACAUGUAGCUCAUCAUCGUUAAAGGUGAGAGUGUUGAUGGGGAAGAUGGAGGGCCUCUCCAACCAGUAUACAAAUAGCGAAUAGGCAUGAGUGCGAUGGUGCGAGAUUUCGCAUG